AUGAGACGAGGGCCUCGACGUCGAGUAUCUUAUGUGAUAUCACACGAUAAUAAGGAACAAGGUCAUUUUUUGGGUGCAAAUUCCUUAGCACUUGAUACAACAACUGUAAAUCCUAAGACUGGGCGACCGGAAGGAAUACUUUACACUGCUGGAAGAGACGGGCUCAUUUAUUCUUGGGAUUUACAUUUGCCAUUUAGACAACAAAAAAAAGUAUCCUCGUCAUCUGCUAAUGGAUUACUGGGCAAGAAUGUUGACGAUGAUGGGGAUGAGAAUGAGAGCUGGGAGGUCGAUAGUGAUAGGUUGACACCGUCAAUUCCCACCACAUUUCGGCAAGAGUAUCAGGGCCAUACAGAUUGGGUCAAUGAUAUUGUGUUAUGUCAUGGGAAUGAAACUCUCAUCUCUGCCUCAUCUGAUAGGACACUACAACUAUGGCAUCCACACAAAUCUAACAAGUCUAUUACGAUUGGAUAUCAUUCUGACUACAUCAAGGCACUUGCAUAUGCUCCUGGACCUUGUUGGGUGGCAAGCGGUGGAUUCGAUAGGAAAAUAGCCAUCUGGGAUAUUAACGAAUGUCGACCGUCUUCAGCCAUUACGUCUUUAGAUUUCACAGAUAUGGAUCCCAGAGCCUUAAUCUCAGAGACAUCUCCCAAAUCGUCUAUUUAUGCACUUGCUUGCAAUCCAUCUGGAACUGUUAUUGUGUCUGGGUCACCAGAGAAGAUAAUUCGUGUCUGGGAUCCGAGGUCAAAUAAACAAAUAAUGAAAUUUACUGGCCAUACGGACAACAUAAGAGCCGUGCUAGUCAGCGAUGAUGGGGACUUGAUACUAUCCGGAUCGUCCGACACGACCAUUAAAUUAUGGUCAUUGUCUGCUCAACGCUGUGUCAAUACAUUCACAAUUCACUCAGACUCAGUAUGGGCUUUGUACUCUGACCAUCCGAGACUGGAGACUUUUUAUACUGGUAGUAAAGACGGUUUGGUCACGAGAACCGACUACAGUGGAGAUGGGGAAUGUGUUGCAAUAUCAAGAGAGGCAGCUGGAGUAAUGAAAAUUUUGGCACUUGACAAUGAGUUUAUAUGGACAGCGACUGCCAAAUCGACUAUUAACAGAUGGUUAGACGUUCCCAGCCGCUCACGUCGUAGAGCCAAAGCGUUUGCAAGCGCAUCUUCUUCGCCACCCACAUCUCCUUCAUCAUCGGUUUCGCCUUCUGCGCUGAUUAAAUUGUCAUACUCAUAUAAUGGAGCAGUCGAUUCGGAUGCUGCGACAGUUCAUUCCAUGAAUGUGCACGAUGAUUCUACAUUUGGCGAUGACGAUUUAGAUGACCCCAUUCCCAUCAGAGAUGCACCUGAUACUACAAUUCAAGGUCAACACGGUCUAACAAAGCAUUGUUCUUUGAACAACAGAAGACAUGUGUUAACAGUCGAUACUGCUGGAGAAUGUGUUAAAUUGAAGACGUUCGGUAAGCGCGAUUUAGAAGAAGUUUAUCAGGAAAUAAACACAAUAGAGUCAAUACCCACGUGGGCUGCCAUAGACACUAGAAUUGGUGCAUUAACAAUACAUCUAGACGAGUUCCAGUGCUUCGAUGCUGAGGUAUAUGCAGAUGAAAUAGAAUCGCCUCCAGAAGACUAUGAAUUCCGCGAAGAUUACCGAGUCAAUCUCGGUAAGUGGGUAUUGCGAUAUCUAUUCCAAGAAUUUACACAAGCUGAAAUAAAAGCAUACGAGGAGAGCCGAGCAUUCGCGGAAAAGCAACAACAGAGCAUCCAAAGACAGCAAUCACUCAAUGAUAUCCAUAAAUAUUCCCAAGAGGCCUUACCACAAUCUCCAACGCGAGCUACACCACCGAAUCACAUUUCAUUCCCACCAGCAACUAUGCAAGCUGAACAUUUAAACGAUCGUCCAACACAAAAACCUUAUCAAAGGGGCAUUGAUAUCCUGUCUCCAAAGUCACCAACUAGUACUCAAUCUCCAAUCGCAUCUCCUACGGCGGCGGCGAUGCCUAAUUCCCCAACAAAAUCGUUGGCUGCAUUCGCUGGUCCCUUUACAGCUCCAGCAACUACAGGACCAACGCAAGACUAUUUUUCCGACUUACAUAAACCACCAACGCCUACUAGUCCGUCUACACAGUCCGGAGCAGCCAUGUCUGAAAAUAAAAACGAUCAAGCAAAAAUUCAAUUACCUCCGCCGGCGUUGGUUAAUCAAGGCUCAAAUAAUACCGGGUCAUCCUCGUUUGUGACGUCUAUAUUUAGAAGUAUUAAUAACGCCAGGAAAGCGCGUUCGCCAAAUGCGGACCCUAAGACCGAAAAUCUAAACUACUUGGAACAGCCCAAAGAUUAUCCCAACUCCAGAGUAAUAGAUAAGAAGCUAGUGUUUCGCGAUCAAGAUAAUGAAGAACCUCCGAAAACUGAUGACGAGGAAGAGACAAAAAGCAACUCUCCAACUUCCAAAAGUGACCAAACAGUUAAAUCCGACACGCCAUCUCCAGCUGCUUCUCCUGUUAUUAGCCAACCGAUAAGACAACUACAUUACAUUGUCCAACCACCAUUCGCUCAAAUAGAUCCUCAAGAUACCCCAACCAUAAAUAUUCCACAUCAUACAAAAGUCAUUAUUUCAGAAGACUCAUCAGAAGCCUCGACAAGCGUUGUGAUAUACAGAGGUACAGUCGGGACACUUGCAAAUGAUGCAGAACUCAUAGAACAAAAGGCUCCUUUGUGGUUAUUAGAGUUUUUAAUUAAGAAUAAGGUGCUCGUUAAAGAACAACCAAAGGUCAGUUUUGUACUCAAACCACACGAAGGAUCAAACCUCAACGACUUGCCGACGGGAAUCCGUAAAGUGCUUAGCUACGUAGUAGAGAAGUUGGAACUUUCGGCUACCGAUUCUCAGGCUACACAUUCUGCUACUAUAUCCGACAAACAGGACAGCGAUUCUGAAGCAGAAAAACGCCGUGCUUCCCCUAUGAGGCCUGAAAUGUGGCUAGAAUUGCUGUGCAAUGAUCAACCUUUGCAAGCAACGAUGACCCUAUCUACGGUUAGAAAUCUUUUAUGGAAAUCAGAUGGUGGUGAUUUGAUUAUGACUUAUAGGCUAAAAAUUAAGGAUAGAACGUAG